AUGAGUGACGAAGAAGAAGAGGUCGCCACAAAGCCAAAAAGGCUCACCAAAAAGGGAAAAGCGACGCUUGGUGACGACAGUUCUUCGGAAGAUGACGAUCUCUUUGGCAGCGACAACGAUGAAAACGAACAAAAGAGCGUAGCGGCGACAGAAGAAAAGGCGGUGGAUGCAACCUAUUCCAAAGAAAAUCUGGAAUCUGCAAUGAAUGAUUUGAAACCAUUUGUUUCUCCCAGCAUCGACUUUUCAACCUUCUUGGAAUCCUGGGACGAUGUGGACAAGUUUGUCAGUGCCAAAGCGUUUUAUCUGUCGGAUCCUGGAGGUCUCGUCAAACUCGUCUCCAAUGUUAAGGAACCGAUAUCUUUGGAACUAAAGUGCUUGGUCAUUGCCAUUGCACGUCAAACUUGUGUGCUGGCAAAGAGCAAGGACGAUAGAGGCAUGGCGCAAGUUUUGUUCAAGAGUAAAAUCAAGACAGACAAGUCGAUGCACAUUGGAAAUUAUGUUUCCAACACUUGGUUGAUGCAAUCCGUGGAACAACUCAAAAAGACGGAAACGAUUGAAGACCAGAAAAACAAUAUGCAUCUGAAUAUCCUGCUGAGUGGUUUCGGUUUCAUGCAAAACUGCUUUGUCAUUGAUAAUUCAAAGAAACUCAAUGUGCUGAAGGAAAAGCAAAGCAUUGAUUGGAAGGGUACAACCGAGGCUAUUCUAGAAGUUGCAUCCUCCAAGAGUUUGACUUCCUUGGAAUCCCUGGCCAAAGCACUCACUACCUACCUUUCGGAUUUCAAGGCCAUCUCCAAUGGGGCCAUGUCUGCUACGGGAGCGGCCAAAUCGUCUCGCACCUCCUCGGUCGAUUCCAAAACCCUACAAGAUGCCACCAAGAAAAAGCGAGACGAGCGAAUGCGCAAGUUGCGACAAAAGGCGCACGGAGCCAGGAGUUUUGCAUCGACUCCUGGAGCAGCUUCUGCCACUUCGUCCAUGCCAUCGGCAGUGGCACCACCACCGGCUCCACCUUCGGCUUACAGAGGAGCUUCCGCCAGUGCAGCAGCAGCAGCAGGAUAUGAACCAUCCGCACCAAGUGCGCAGUAUAGUACCUCACAACAAGACACGUCCUCUCGAUGGAAUGCUCCUACUGCUCCACCACCGGCCCCAGCUCCAGCCCCUCCUGUCACUAGUGCAGCAGCUCCACCUUCUUCUUGGGGUGGCGCUGUGAAACAAGAACAACAACCAUUAUACCAAGAUGCUGGCAGCUACAAUGCUGGCGACCAACACCUUCAAAGCCAACCACCGCCGGUUGGUGAUAGUUAUAACCAAAACAACUAUUCGGGUGGUCAAGCAUCCUACGGCGGUGGUGGUGCCAGUGCCGGUGCCCAAUACGAUGACUCUUACCGUGAUCCAGCUUCUUAUCAACAACAACCACAACAACCACUAGACUCCCGCAACAACUACGAUCGCCCUGUUGGUCCAGGUCCUCCUAAUGCUCCAGCGAAUCCCCAAUACAAUGAUUAUCAACCCAAUCAUGGCGGCGAUUCGUACUAUCCUGGUGCUUCUGGAAAUGACAAUCAAUCAGGCGGUGCUGAUGGUGGCAGCGGAUAUCGUGGUGGUGGGGCAUAUGAUCGUGACCCACAGUUACAACAACAGCAGCAGCAAUACGACCGAUAUGACGAGAAUCAGUAUCGAGGCGGUGGCGGUGGCCGCAACAAUUACAACAACAACAAGCGCUCGCGUCAAGAUGCGUUUGCCGACGAUGGUCCAUCGGCACCAGGAGGUCCUGGAGGACGUGAUAGAGGACCAACUCUUCCCGCUUGGGUAUCCAAUGAUGAUGUUGGAGGAGGCGGUGGUCCCCCACCACCUCCCCAACGGCACGAGGGACCUCUCCAUGACAAUGGUGGAAUGCCGCCAAGAGACAUGUCUGGUGGUGUUGCACUCGCUGGCAGUGGUCGAGGCUGGGUGACCAACGAGGGUGGACCGGGUGGACACAAUCUUCCUCCGCCAUCUGCAAAUUUGCCACCACCCAGUCAGUCGCGAGGACCACCUCGGGGACCCCCUCCACCCUCGUUUGAAGAGCCACCCAAUCUUGGUGGUGGCCGAGGUCGUGGCCGAACCUUGCCGGCUUGGAUGACCCGACAAAAUGAAGGUCCUGGAGGCGGACCUUGA